UCUUUGAUUUAUCAUUAUAUCUCUUCUGUUAGAUUUUCAAUUACCAUUAAUGGAGAACCUAAGGGUCACAUUUCUCCCUCUAGGGGACUUCAGCAAGAUGACCCCCUUUCCCCUUAUCUCUUUCUUUUUUAUUGUUGACGAUUUAUCUUUUCUGUUGCAAAAUGCGGUCAAUAAUGGAUCUUUAUCAGGUUCAACUUAUGGAAGAAGAAGAAGAAUACAUACCAAAUGGAAGAAGAAGAAAACACAGAUAAAAAUGAAAGUAGAAAAAGAGGAAGAAAACAACGAAGCAGAACCAACAUGAAGCGGAAGAAGAUGAAUGCAAAAAAAGCACAUAUUUUUUCAAAUCCAGAAGAAGAAGAAAGAAAUACAUUUGAGGUUAAAGUGGUAAUUUCUCUGAUUUAUUUGUUUUUAAAUUUGGGGUUAAUUUUCAUUUGGCCCAAGGGCCUGCAAUUCUUCUCGUCUUAGAAAGAAAAAUACAAGAGAUGUAAAGGGAAAUUAAAGAAAAACGUACCGCUGAGAGAUAGAAGGAGCAAGGAACCCCAAAGCUGAAAAUGCUGGCCAAAAGAUUCGUUUCUAUAUUCAAGCGCUCUCCAAUUCCACACGCUUCCAGUUCCAUAAAGCCAUCGGAGGAUGGGGUGAAUAAAUCGUGGGGUCGGAAAGCAGUCUCUUUUGUACUUAUUACUGUUACUGGUGGUGUAGCUUUGAGUGCUUUAGAUGACCUUGCCAUUUAUCAUAGCUGUAGCAGCAAAGCCAUAGAGAAGGCCAGAAACAAUCAAGCAGUUAUAGAUGCUAUUGGAGAACCCAUUGCUAAAGGUCCAUGGUACAAUGCAUCACUUGCAGUUGCUCAUAAGAGACAUUCUCUAUCCUGCACGUUUCCAGUAUCAGGACCACAAGGCACAGGGAUCCUCCAACUGAAGGCAGUUCGUAAUGGAGAGGAUUCCUGGAUUUCUUUUCUCCGGCCUCGAGACUGGGACAUUUUGAUCAUGGAUGCUCUCCUUCAUGUUCCUGCAAACGAAGGUAAGCAGAAAACAAUGCGUAUUAAUCUCACUGAGAAGUUUGCCCCCGCUGCUUGUGUCUCAUGCACUGAUUGUCAGCCUCCAGAGACAGAGACGAGAUGAAGUCAGUUUGUAAGGUUGAUGAGAAACUAUUGUCAAAAGUUAGCAGUUUCUAUUAGUUUUCUGUCCCGACAUGAUUGUGAGCUAACCGAAGGAUCAAAUUAUUUAUUAUUCCCACCAAAAUAAUAUUUUCUUUGAGGUUGAGUCUAAA